CCGAAAGUUGACGAAAUUUUAUAAUGUAAUUGAUAAAAAAGAUCCUGAAAAAUAUUCGGUUUCAGUAUAUUCGAGUAUAUAAAUGUCAGUGAUUAUUAUUAUUAUCAAAAAGAAGCGCUAAACCUACAAGGGUCAUAGCGCCGACAGCAGAGGAUAUACAGUAUACACUGGGAGGUGUAUGCCUCUCAGCGUAUAUUUGCCGAGAGUUAAUUUUAAUCCCUAUUUUAAGGAUUAAAUAAUUCUUGUCAGGUGAUGAAAAGGAUUGCAUGAUAUCACGCCUUAAUAACUCGAGUGUAGGCGAUAGACGUUUAAAGUCCAUUAACCAGCCAAAGAAAGGAAGUGUAUUCAUUGCAUGGCGGAUGUGUUAAGUCUCCCGUUUUCUGCAGCUGGUCAGUGAUCAUGGCUGCCUCAGCUGAGAAUGUAAACAUAAACACUGACACUCCCCUUUAUCAAGAUAAUGAUGCUGAAAGUGAGGACUCUAAAUCCCCAGUGUCUGUGCAAAAUGGACAGUGGCAAACGUAUAUGUCAGACAGAACACCACUUGCUCAAAAGAGGACUUGGAAAAAGCGGGACCCUGUGAGCAUUGAGCGUAGUAAUCUUGUGAAUAUCUGCAAACUGGUAGUCAAAGAGCUUAUAGAAUCAUCACUUAAGUUCGGACGCCAGCUUGACUCAGACUCUGUACCACUACAACAUUUCUUCAUUGUUUUGGAGCAUGUUUUGCGCCAUGGGUUGAAACCAAAGAGGGGUAUUCUGGGACCAAAGAAGGAGUUAUGGGAUCUAUUUCAAAUGGUUGAAAAGUGGAGUUAUGAAGCUCAGGACAUCACUGCCAGUGUGAGAGACCUACCCACUGUCAAAACUCAUAUUGGAAGAGCACGUGCUUGGCUUCGAUUAGCAUUAAUGCAGAAGAAACUUGCUGACUAUUUUCGGCUGUUGAUUGAGAGGAGGGACGACUUGCUGACAGAAUUCUACGAAAGUGGUGCCCUGAUGCUUGCAGAUGAGGCAAUUGUCAUUAUGGGCCUUCUAGUAGGCCUAAAUGUCAUUGAUUGCAAUUUAUGUGUUAAGGAAGAAGACUUGGACAGUCAGAUGGGGGUUAUUGAUUUCUCGCUUUAUUUACGAAAUGCAGGUGGUGACACAAGUCCAGAUGAUUCACCAGAGCAGUCAGAUAUGACUACAGUGCUUGACCAGAAAAAUUAUAUAGAAGAGCUUAAUCGCCACUUGAAUGCUACAGUUACAAACUUACAGGCAAAGAUGGAAACAUUAACCACCACAAAUGCACUCAUGAAGGAAGACCUGGCUAUUGCAAAAAAUUCCAUCUUACAUUUGCAAGAAGAUAAUGAUCGUCUUCGUAAAGACAAGGGCUUACCCACUCAGCAGCAGCAAGAACAGUUAGAUAAGGAGGCCAAAAAAGCAAGUCGCAUUAGUGUGAUUGGCUGUGAGGAGGAGAUGCAGGAUUUGAAGAGGCAGCUUGAGGAAGAGAGCGCUCAUCGGAAACAGGUCGAGAAAGAGCUAGAGCUUCAAAUUCAGAUGAAAGCAGAAAGUGAAAUGGCUGCUAAAUUAUUAGAGAAAGAUAUUCAUGAAAAGCAGGAUACAAUUAUCUCUUUACGACAACAACUUGAUGACAUAAAAGUUAUCAAUUUGGAGAUGUACCGGAAACUGCAGGAAUGUGAGAGCUCAUUAAAACAGAAAACUGAACUCAUCGCUCGCUUGGAGGAUAAGGCAGCAGAAAUGGCAGAGACCAUACGCAAUUUGGAGUCAAAGUAUGUAUCCCAGGGGCCCCAGUCUUCUAAUGAACCCUCACAAGCAGGACAGAUAUCUCGAUCCAAGUCCUACUUUGAGCCAUCUACUAACAGUGUGGACAAGGAACAGGCAGAGGGGGAGGGACAGAAAGGGAUGGGCAAAUCAACCAGCAUGUUUGAGCUUGAAAAUAAACCAGCAGCUGGAAAAUUGUGAUAGCAACAUCUUGAAUUAUAUAGCUUGAUGGCUUACUCUUUUGAAUAAGUCAUAUAAAGUAUACUGGAAUUGCUUAUUUAUAUACAGCUGUAUACAUUAAUUUGCUGUGAUUCACCUAUCUUGCAUGAACUUCAGCACUUGACUUCCAGCAUAGUAUCUCCUACACUACCACAGUUUCAGUAGAAUUGAACACAUUCAGAAUACAUAAACUGCAUUUAACUACUUCACUAGUAAAUUAAAGGUCAGACUGUCUUAUUCAUAUAGUCAUGGGUGUCUGUCAUAUACAUGAUAUAAAGCUCUGAUGUAACAUUUUUAUGUGAUCCUAAUACUGUAGACUAAAUUGUCUUUGAUUGGAGGAGUAGGAAUGCUUGAAUAGAUAAACAAAAAUUGGCAAACCUUCAGCCAAGUGUUGUAUAUUAUCAGCUGAGGCAGCCAUGAUCACAUAGAUAAUUGUGCUGAUAAAUUGAACACAUUUCUGCUGAAGCUAUGCCCUCGGUUUACUAGUGUUUGUUGUGAUAACAGUGUAGUAUUAUCUCCGGACAUGAACUGUACCACGUCUACCGAAUAUUGACAAAUAAAGAAAACUAUACCCA